AGGAGUGACUUGUGUUCAAUAAGGGCAUGGUGUCCCAAAGUUGGGUACCAAUACCAUUCAUUUCUGUCUUACAAGCUACAAACAAAUUUAAAAGUCUGUCCUUCAACUUAUCCCAUUAUAUUCCACCUUUAGCUUACUUUUGUAAGAUGUGAUAUUAUUCCUUCUUUAUUUUAUAAUACCCACAAGAAGCAAUCAUCGUUGCUUUUUAGUAAAAUAUUCCAAUCCCAAGGAAAUGGUAUUGGUCCAAUAGUCAACAAGGUAUCUUCCUUCUCCAGCUUGUAGUUUGCUUUAAUUGGUUAGCCUAACCUAGACACAGACCAGAUUCUUUCCCUUAUCUUAAUGCCCUUAAAAAAGAAUGAACAAAUGUGCUGGCUUUUGUCAAAUUCUGAAGGCUACCUGCACCACCAUCCCCCAAUUUCCUAUAGACUUCUCCUUAUAUAAUAUUCAUUUUAAGGAAGGAUCAAGGAACAGAGCCGUUACCUGGUUUUCUGCACGGAUUCCUUUCCGUCCUCGGAAACAUCCUCCCUGGAAUUUAUAUUAGGUGAGAGGAGAAGAGAGUGAGGUGAACGUUUUAAACAUAGAAGAUAAGAUGUCAGAAGUUUUAAACAAGCGCAAGAAAUGCUGAAAGUGAAU